GGCGAGGGCGGCCAGAGGCAGAGCUCCAGGUGCCAGCGGCGUGGAGUCACCUCAGGCCCGGUCCCGCGCCCGAGGUUCCAGCUCUGAGGACCCCGCGUCAUGCCGCUGCGAAGGCCUGGCCUGCUCCUACUGCUGCUCAGCGGCCUGCAAGCUGAGAUCCAAGAAAUGGAAGUCAGGACAACAGUGGGUAGCGACUGUUUGCUGAGCUGUGUGUACCCUGAGAGACUCUAUUUCAACCCACUGGACGUGUAUGUUUACUGGCAAAUCAGCGAGUCCACUGUGGUGGCAUACCACAUCCCCCAGAACAACUCCUCAGGUCAAGUCGACAUCCACUAUCGGGCCCGGGCCCACCUAUCACGGCAGAGCAUGGAGCAAGGUAACUUCUCACUGCAUUUGCGAAACGUCACCCCACAGGAUGCACAGAAGUUUACCUGUCUGGUGUUCAAGAAGUCCUCGAACAUGGGACAGAUUUUGAAAGCCGUGGUCACAUUGCGCGUGGCAGCUAACUUCAGCCUGCCUGUGGUUAACAGCAGUGGUGACCCCCAGGACCAGGCACUCACCUUCACCUGCAUGUCCACUGAUGGCUACCCUCGGCCCAACGUGUAUUGGAUCAACAAGACAGACAACAGUGUGCUGGACAGGGCACUGCACAACGACACAGUGUCCUUGAACGCACAAGGCCUGUACAACGUGGUCAGUGUCCUGAGGCUGCCCUGGGUACCCGGUGCAAGCGUGGGCUGCUGCAUAGAGAACGUGCUCCUGCAGCAAAACCUUACUGGCAGCGGCCCUGCAGAGCACUCUACUGGAGGAAACCCAGACAGGAUCACAGAGCACCCAGGUCUACCCCACAAAGAGAGUAACAAGGCCUUCCUUGGCAUCUUUGUCAUGGUGCUGCCGGCUGCAGUGGUCGUGUUCCUAAUCCGGUUCAGACAUCGUUGGAGAAGCAGCUAUACAGGUGCCCAGGCUGUGGUGCAGGAACAAGAGCUCACAGACCAUGCCUGACAGGAGCUCGCUGCCCAGGUCAUGGGCAGGGCGUCUGUGACUGGCUGCCCAGUAGACGUCAGACACAUCUUGAGAAUGGACUCCCCUGGACCUGCUGGUGACAGGGACCGUGAGCUGCAGGCCCCGCGUAUGCCGUCUGAGGACAGGAGCUGCAGGCCUUGGUACUCAUAGGCAGCCCCAGGGAGGAUGAGCCUGGCCACCCCUGACAGAGAGAAGCCCAUGCGGCACAGCAGCAGCCGGAACUGCAGUGCCCAAGCAAUGGCUGCCCAGCCUCGGGCCAUGCAGAUGCCCACGAACACCUGGAUUUGGCACUAGGCUCUGUACAUGCCCAGACCUGCACGGCGGACAUCUCAGGUGAAGGAAGGGUGCUGGGUUUACAACAACGAGGAGUGAGGCUGCUGCCCAUCUCUGUGCUAUCUGGGCUCAGUUGCAGGGCUCACUGGCUCACUGGCUGCCCUUCUGUCCUGGGGCUCCUGUGUGCACAUGUGUGCACACUUGUGUAUUUGAGACAGUGUAUGCACUGGCACAGGAAAUGGUACACACUGCAGACCCUGGGAGACCCCUGAGUUUUACUCUUCUCUCAAAGACUGGGCCUUGCUUGUGUUACACGAAAGCUAAGUGGGAUUUUGUCCAAAAGAAGUCACCAUGCAUCAGGCUACCCUACACCUGCCUAGCAGUAGAAGGUGGUUGGAUUCCCGGGAUGCUGUGGUCCCCAGCCAGCCAUCAUGGUCCCUCAGACCCCCAUAGUCACAGUGAAGACCUGGAUUCAGCCCACCAGCUUCCCUGGAUGCCCUAGUAUGCCAAGGAUUGGAGGCGUGGCCACAGCCCGAGCUCUCACGUUGUGUGGCACAGAACGGACUGAGUUUGCUGUCCCCAGCAGCUUCUGGAACGGUGCUGCCAGAUGACCCAGGUGUGCACAAGAGCAGCUGUGGGCAGUGUGGCCUCCCAGGGACACAGGUCCAUGGCCCCGCUGUGGCUAGGCACUCUGCCCCCUCCUACAGCAGACCCUAGGUUUGCAUCACUCAGCCCUGGCAGGCAUGUGGGCCUCACGGAGGGACUGGCCAUGCUGGUGAGGCUGAGCGGGUAAGAACCUGUGGGAAAGGAGCUUGUUCUCUGGCUACAGAGUCCUUGAUGGGCUCCAGGUGCAGAUGAAGAGGGACCCCCCAACUUCCACCUGAGCAUUAAAAUGUGGCAAUAUUGAAUACCA